AUGGCAUCGAGGGCCGCUGCAGUCUUGUUACGAGGCGCUAAAGCGGCACGGCUUGCACCCAGACCUGCGCUGAGGAGCGCGGCGGCGUACACCACCACAGCUAGGAGAUUAGCGAGCGAAUCGCCGUUCAAGGAGCCUGCCGGGGCCGAUGACUAUCUAGCACGCUAUGCGCCCAUCACGGGGGAUAUGCACAAAUAUGGUGCAUACUUACUCCAAUGCCUUCCCAGAUUCGUCCAACAAUUCAGCGUGUACAAGGACGAGCUCGUCCUGUAUACCGCGCCUUCCGGUGUCAUCCCCGUCCUCACUUUCCUGCGCGACCACAGUCAGUGCCAGUACAAGUCUGUCAUGGACAUCGCUGGUGUCGAUUACCCUACGAAGGCGAAUAGGUUCGAGGUGGUGUAUAACUUGUUGAGUGUUAAGUAUGGGACGAGGAUACGGGUGAAGACGUAUGCGGACGAGGUCAACCCUGUGCCUACUGCUACGGGCGUUUUCAGGGGUGCGGACUGGUACGAGCGAGAGGCCUGGGACAUGUACGGCAUCUUCUUCCAAGAUCACCCGGAUCUGCGGAGGAUCUUAACAGACUACGGCUUCGAAGGUCAUCCUUUCCGCAAGGACUUCCCUUUGACUGGAUAUGUGGAGGUCAGGUACGACGACGAGAAGAAGCGUGUUGUCUAUGAGCCCUUGCAGAUGACUCAAGCCUUCAGGAACUUUGGGGAUGGGCUCAGCCCGUGGGAGAUGGUUGGCGAUGGAAAGGAUGUUAAGCCUGAGCAAUUCAAAAUCAAGCCUCCUCCGCCGCCCAAGACUGAAGAGCAGAAGAAGUAGCGCUACUGUAGUAUAUGAUGCAGUGUUAAAAC